AGCCGGCGGAGCGGGAGGAGGACGACGGAGGAGGAGGAGCGGCGCCGCGCCCCCGCCCGCCCGCCCGAGCACAGGCCGACCGCUCCAGCCGCAGCCGGCGGGUCCGGGCCGCCUCCCGCCGGAGCCCGGCGCCGGCACAGUCCGGGCCGAUGGGCAGCCCCGGGCAGCGGCGGGCGGCGAGGCGGCGGCCCCGGUAGGCGCCGCCGCGCGCUCGCGGGCUUAGCAGGUCCCGGCGGACUGCGUCUCCGAGGUUCUUGCUCCUGGUCGAGUGAGCUGGAGCCUCCCUUUCUCCCUGCUGAGGUUUGGAAAUCAAGAAGGUACAGAUACCGAAAGCACAGCGUCGUGAUGAAGCCCGACUUGUGGCGGAUGGCUGGGUGAAGGAACUACUCAAGGACAGAUGUUUUAAGAAAUGCUCUUGAAAAGGACGGAGGUGUACAGACUUAUUUCAGCAACUGAGAAGCAAGCUGGUUUUGGAGAAACCAUACGCUGAGGAUGUUGUUUGCUUUUGGUUGAAAAGAGAACGUACAACUAUAGAGGAAGCCUUUGUGCAUCUGGAUUUAGGAUCGCACUGUAAAUAGCAAUGUAAUUAGAUUCACCUCAGUCCUGCCGGUGGGCCUUGGAGCUUCUUGGCUCAGCAGACAUGAGUGACCCCAGGCAGUCGCAAGAAGAGAAGCACAAGCUUGGCAGAGCCUCUUCGAAGUUCAAGGAUCCUCCCAGAAUCAUGCAGUCUGAUGAGUAUUUUGCUCGAAAAUUUAAAGCCAUUAAUGGCAACAUGGGCCCCGCCACUUCUUUAAAUGCCUCAAAUUCCACAGAGAGUGGUGGUCCUGCUAACGGUACCCCAGCUGUGCCCAAGAUGGGUGUGAGAGCAAGAGUGUGCGAGUGGCCUCCCAAGAAGGACUGCUCCAAGGAGCUAGCCUGCAAGGCGCUGUGGGAAAGCCGGUCUCAGGCCAGUUACGAAAGCGUCCCGUCCAUCACGCACAAUGGGCAGAAUGACCAGAGCGAUGGUCAGCGAGAGGAGCAGCUCGAUCUAGACUUUGUGGAGGCGAAGUACACCAUUGGAGACAUCUUUGUUCACUCUCCUCAAAGAGGACUGCACCCCAUAAGACAGAGAAGCAAUAGCGAUGUCACCAUUAGUGACAUCGACGCUGAAGACGUCUUAGACCAAAACGCAGUGAACCCCAACACCGGGGCCGCCCUCCACCGAGAGUACGGAAGCACAUCUUCCAUUGACCGGCAGGGCUUAUCUGGUGAGAACUUCUUCGCAAUGCUCAGAGGGUACCGUGUAGAUAAUUACGACCACAAAGCAAUGGCCCCUUUUGGGUUCCCUGAGUUUUUCCCCUGCGAUCCUGCAAUCUCUCCCAGCCUCCACGCGGCAGCGCAGAUUUCUAGAGGAGAAUUUGUCCGCAUCUCAGGAUUAGACUACAUGGACAGUGCCCUUCUCAUGGGCAGAGACAGGGACAAGCCUUUCAAACGGAGGUUGAAGUCGGAAUCGGUGGAGACGUCCCUCUUCCGGAAGCUGCGGACUGUUAAAAGCGAACACGAAACUUUCAAGUUCACGUGCGAUCCAGAAGAUGGCCGUCUGGAGCGGGGCGUCCGCCCUUGGAAUUGUCAGCGGUGUUUUGCACAUUACGACGUCCAGAGCAUUUUGUUCAAUAUCAACGAAGCCAUGGCGACGAGAGCCAACGUGGGGAAGCGGAAAAACAUCACCACCGGAGCCUCGGCGGCAUCCCAGACGCAGAUGCCAGCAGGCCAGACAGGCAACUGUGAGUCCCCUUUGGGGAGCAAGGAGGACCUCAACUCCAAGGAGAACCUGGAUGCUGAUGAGGGUGAUGGGAAAAGCAACGAGCUCGUCCUGAGCUGCCCAUACUUCCGGAACGAGACCGGCGGGGAAGGCGACAGGAGGAUCGCCCUCUCCCGGGCCAGCUCGUCGUCGUCCAGUUCCGGGGAAGGCUGCUCCUUCGAGUCCUCUCUGAGCUCCCACUGCACCAACGCAGGCGUCUCCGUCCUAGAAGUGCCCAGAGAAAGCCAGCCCGUUCACAGGGAGAAGGUGAAGCGCUACAUCAUAGAGCACAUCGACCUCGGGGCCUACUAUUACCGCAAGUUCUUCUACGGGAAAGAGCACCAGAACUACUUUGGCAUAGAUGAAAACCUCGGCCCAGUGGCUGUCAGCAUCCGGAGGGAGAAGGUAGAAGACGCCAAGGAGAAAGAGGGGUCCCAGUUCAACUACCGGGUGGCCUUCAGGACAAGUGAGCUAACAACCCUGCGAGGAGCAAUUCUAGAAGAUGCCAUACCUUCUACCGCCAGGCAUGGGACCGCGCGGGGACUACCUCUCAAGGAGGUUCUGGAGUACGUCAUCCCGGAGCUGAGCAUCCAGUGCCUGAGACAGGCUUCGAAUUCACCCAAGGUCUCGGAGCAGCUGCUCAAGCUGGAUGAACAAGGGCUGAGCUUUCAGCACAAGAUCGGGAUCCUUUAUUGCAAAGCAGGCCAGAGCACAGAGGAGGAGAUGUAUAACAACGAGACGGCGGGACUAGCUUUUGAAGAAUUCCUUGAUCUUCUGGGCCAGCGAGUCCGGCUGAAAGGAUUUACCAAAUACCGAGCUCAGCUGGACAAUAAAACUGAUUCUACAGGAACUCACUCCCUCUACACCACAUACAAAGACUAUGAAGUCAUGUUCCACGUGUCCACCAUGCUGCCCUACAUGCCCAACAACAGACAGCAGCUUCUGAGGAAAAGGCAUAUCGGAAAUGACAUUGUGACCAUUGUCUUCCAAGAGCCCGGAGCACUUCCUUUUACUCCGAGAAGCAUCCGGUCCCAUUUCCAGCACGUCUUUGUCAUCGUCAAAGUGCACAACCCGUGCACCGAGAACGUGUGUUACAGUGUUGGAGUUUCUAGAUCAAAAGAUGUGCCACCGUUUGGUCCACCAAUUCCCAAAGGAGUAACUUUUCCAAAGUCAGCAGUUUUUCGGGACUUCCUUUUAGCCAAGGUGAUCAAUGCAGAAAACGCAGCCCAUAAGUCAGAAAAGUUCCGAGCGAUGGCCACUCGAACGAGGCAAGAGUACUUGAAGGAUCUGGCGGAGAACUUUGUCACGACCGCUACUGUGGACACGUCUGUGAAAUUCAGCUUCAUUACACUGGGCGCAAAGAAAAAGGAGAAAGUGAAGCCAAGGAAGGAUGCUCAUUUGUUCAGCGUCGGAGCAAUCAUGUGGCACGUCAUAGCUCGGGACUUUGGCCGGUCUGCUGACAUCGAAUGUCUUCUUGGGGUUUCCAAUGAGUUCAUAAUGUUGAUCGAAAAGGACUCCAAGAACGUUGUAUUUAACUGCUCCUGCAGGGACGUCAUCGGGUGGACAUCGGGAUUAAUGAGCAUCAAAGUGUUUUACGAGCGAGGGGAAUGUAUUCUUCUGUCCUCCGUGGACAACUGUGCUGAAGACGUCAGGGAAAUCGUCCAGCGAUUAGGAAUAGUGACACGAGGCUGCGAGACCGUGGAAAUGACCCUGAGGAGGAACGGGCUGGGCCAGCUUGGCUUCCAUGUGAAUUUCGAGGGAAUCGUUGCAGACGUGGAACCUUUCGGCUUCGCCUGGAAGGCCGGCCUUCGCCAAGGGAGCCGCCUCGUGGAGAUCUGCAAGGUGGCCGUGGCCACUCUGACCCACGAGCAGAUGAUUGACCUGCUCCGGACCUCUGUGACCGUAAAGGUGGUCAUCAUCCAGCCCCACGACGAUGGCUCGCCCCGGAGAGGGUGUUCCGAGCUCUGCCGGAUCCCCAUGGUAGAGUAUAAACUGGACAGCGAAGGCACCCCAUGCGAGUACAAGACGCCCUUCCGGAGGAACACCACGUGGCAUCGCGUACCCACCCCAGCCCUGCAGCCCCUGGCCCGGGCCUCCCCCGUGCCCGGCACACCCGACCGACUGCCGUGCCAGCAGCUGCUCCAGCAGGCCCAGGCUGCCAUCCCUCGGAGCACCUCCUUCGACCGGAAGCUGCCGGAUGGCACGAGAAGUUCGCCCAGCAACCAGUCGUCCUCCAGCGACCCCGGGCCUGGCAGCAGCGGACCCUGGAGACCACAAACGGCGUAUGACGGAUGCCACUCUCCUCUGCUGCUCGAGCACCAGGGUGCGGGCCCUUUGGAGUGUGAAGGAGCCAGGGAGCGGGAGGACGGCCUGGACGGAAGCAGGCACCUGGAAACCAAAUGGCAUGGCCCGCCCCCCAAAGUCCUGAGUUCCUAUAAAGAAAGAGCCCUGCAGAAGGACGGCAGUUGCAAGGACUCCCCCAAUAAGCUCUCCCACAUUGGAGACAAAAGUUGCUCCAGUCACUCCAGCAGCAACACACUCUCCAGUAACACGUCCAGCAACAGCGACGACAAGCACUUUGGGUCUGGGGACCUGAUGGACCCAGAGCUGCUGGGGCUGACCUACAUCAAGGGGGCCUCCACGGACAGCGGCAUCGACACGGCCCCCUGCAUGCCCGCCGCCGUCCUGGGCCCCGUGCACCUGGCGGGCAGCAGGUCAGUGAUCCACAGCCGGGCCGAGCAGUGGGCCGACUCCGCCGACAUUCCGGGGCCCGACGACGAGCCGGCGAAGAUGUUCGCGGUGCACAGCUACGCGCCGGCCAUCUCGGCGGGCAGCGCGGCCGACGGCAGCAUGGGGGACCUCAGCGAGAUCUCGUCGCAUUCCAGUGGUUCACACCAUUCAGGAAGCCCCUCAGCUCACUGCUCCAAGAACAGUGGGUCGCUGGAUACAUCCAAAGUCUACAUCGUGUCUCACAGCAGCGCCCAGCAGGUCGCCGGGUCCAUGUCCAAGCCCUACCACAGGCAAGGACCAGUGAGCAAGUACGUCAUCGGCUGGAAGAAGUCGGAGGGCAGCCCGCCACCUGAGGAACCUGAAGUGGCUGAGUGUCAGGGGCUGUAUGGCGAGAUGGAUCUCUUGUCCACAGCGGCUCGGCAGACCGUGGUGGGGGAGGCGGCUUCAGAAACGCAACACGUGCUGUCCAAGGAAGACUUCCUGAAACUGAUGCUUCCUGACAGUCCCCUCGCGGAGGAGGGGCGAAGAAAGUUUUCCUUCUACGGGAACCUGUCUCCGCGACGAUCGCUCCACCGCACGCUCUCAGACGAGAGCGUGUGCAGCAAUCGGAGGGGGUCUCCCUUCAGCAGUUCGCGGAGCUCAGUACUGGACCAGGCCCUGCCCAACGACAUUCUGUUCAGCACCACCCCGCCCUACCACAGCACGCUGCCCCCCCGGACCCACCCCGCACCCAGCAUGGGGAGCCUGAGAAAUGAGUUCUGGUUCUCCGAUGGGUCCUUAUCGGAUAAGUCCAAGUGUGCGGAUCCUGGCCUGAUGCCCCUCCCAGACACGGCCACGGGCUUAGAUUGGUCCCACCUCGUGGACGCAGCACGGGCGUUCGAAGGUCUUGAUUCAGAUGAAGAACUUGGGCUGCUCUGUCACCACACGUCCUAUCUAGACCAGAGAGUGGCAUCCUUCUGUACCCUGACCGAUAUGCAGCACGGGGAGGACCUGGAAGGCGCGCAGGAGCCUCCUUUAUGUGUAGACCCAGGCAGCGGCAAAGAGUUCAUGGACACGACUGGGGAGCGGUCUCCAUCCACACUGACAGGGAAGGUCAAUCAGCUGGAGCUGAUUCUCCGACAGCUGCAGACGGACCUUCGGAAGGAGAAGCAGGACAAGGCGGUGCUCCAGGCCGAAGUGCAGCACCUGCGCCAGGACAACCGGCGGCUGCAGGAGGAGUCGCAGACGGCCACCGCGCAGCUGCGCAAGUUCACCGAGUGGUUCUUCAACACCAUCGACAAAAAGUCGUAACCCGGCCCUGGCCCGCCGGGGGUGGCGGUGGGGCUGGGGCCUCGGGGGGACGCCCCGCGCCCC